AUGCAGCCACCGCCGUUGCCCUCGAACAGUGAGCCCACCCGGUCUUGGUUUGAUAAACUCGUGAAUCCAGUGAAACAUACAACCGUGGACAUUGUUGCUAUACCCCCCAUAGGUACAAACCCUCGGACGGUCUGGGCGAUAGGACGGCCAGGGUCCUCUUGGCUGGAGCAUGGGCUACUAAGGAAUAUACCGGCAGCGCAAAUACAUUUGUACAACUACGGUACACUGUAUGAAGCGGACACCAUUGAAAAGCUGGGUCGACAGCUUUUUGAACGGCUAACAAAGCCGGAAAAAAGAAGUCGGCGUCCUGUCUUCUUUAUUUGCCAUAGCACAGGUGGCCUCGUGGCCAAGGCGUGUUUGGCCUUCGCAUCGCGGACCGAGCCGAACCAACUUUUGAGCAACUGUUAUGGUAUCGCCUUUUUUGCGACACCCCACCAAGGCUCCAGCUACUUGUCAGCCGAUGAAUAUAUGCUAAGUAUUCGUGAUCUAUUCAAACUUGAGCACGAUAUACCGGCUACACUCCGUGAACAAUUGCGGCCCCGACAGCAGUAUCUGUGGAAUCUCUCUAAUCAGUUUAAGUGGCUGUCGUCGGAUAUGAAAGUAUGGUCCUACCUUGAGACCAUUGACUCGAUAUUCCAUAUCGUUGAUCCAGAGACAAACAAUAAGAUAGAGUUCCGCGCUCCCCUCACUUCAAUACGCUCCGGAUUACUGGAUAUUGAACAUGAAAAGGAAAUCCCAAUGGCUACAGACCACAUGGGAACGGCUCGCUUUCAAGGCCUGAAUUUACCCCUGAAACGCUUCUUGGAGGAGUUGAAAGAUGCUGUCAGUAAUGCUGUUGAUUUGUCUGCGCACAGCCAUACAGAAUUAAAUGUGGAAAGGGAAGUUAAGGUGCAAAUCAACGGCUUCUUCGAAGAUCCCUCUCUAGGCGUCAGUGACGAAAGUCCGCUGAAAAUGUGGUCAACAAAUGUAUCUCUCGAAGAGUACCUCUCUCGAGGCCCAGCAGCGUGUCUUCGAGAUCGGCUGAAGCGAGACUUUUCUGGUGAAGUCGAUGAUUCUUCUAUCAGUAGUUUUGACAGUCCGCGCCCCUUACAACAUUCAAUUCCACGAACAGGGCGACCUGACGUUAACAACCAUGACAAAAGCGACCCUCAUCAUCAUCAUCAUCAUCAUCAUCAUCAUCAUCAUCAUCAUCAUCGUAUUGAUGAAAACCAAGAACCUUCACAGCUAUCCCUGCAGCAUAACCAAAGCUUCACAGAUCCAGAUUAUCAAUCGCCAACUAUCCAUAUCACAGAGGCAACCGGUGAUGGAUAUUUUGGUAGGGUACCUAGCGAGAGUCCCCCUCCUCCAGUGGGCCGGAGAAGGGGUGCAUAUAACCCGAAAGAUAUUGGACUAACUUCGCUGGGAGCUCAUAAUGGUAACGCCCCAGAAAGAGCUUUUCGAAGGCCGAGCUCACCCGCAGUAUCUGAUACCCCAUCUUCACCUCGAAACUCCGAUCAUCUGACGAUUCCUGUAUUUACACGAGAUCGUGCCUAUCAAAACGGAAGUGCAUCAGAAACUCCACGGGCUGUCCCGGGCCUUAGUCGACCAGAGCCUGAUACCCAAAAAUUAUUAUGGAUCCACGUUCCUUAUAAUCAUACUGGCUGGGUCUCACGAGUGAUUCGAAGAGCGUGUCAAGACCGAAACGAUACAAACUUCAUGAGGAGAUUUAUCAACGAUGAGAAUUGGUAUCUUAAUCUCAAUAGGGCUCGGCAUCUAGAGCCACACGCUCGGUUUGUAAAGCCUGGGUGUAUUCACUCCCGUCGAAAUGAUAACUCGUUUACAAAACUCGGCUCUGCGGAAGAUCCUCAACUCGCCCUUUAUGUCCCAUACCUUCAUUGGGAUACUUACCGGAAUCUAAUUCAACGUCGCAAAGUAAUUGAAGACCGACUACGCCAGGGCCGGUCCCAUCCAGUUCCAAAUCGCAUCUUUAACUCAAGUUUUGUGGAAGCCAAGUUAAUCUGGCAAUAUCUAGGUUGUGAGCCUCCCGUUCACUUCAGGCGCACCCUAGAUCAAUAUGGAUACCCGAAUCUCCGUUCAACAGUCGCUCGAGAUGAUGAUCAGAUGUUAUGGAAGCGUACGCGCAGGCCAGCAUUUCUCGACACCCAACUAAAGGAAUAUCUCGAUGCAAAAGGCGAUGACCCGGACUAUUCAGACCCACCUGAGUUCAUGGAUGGUAAUGUGCUCAUGGUCGAUCAACUCUGGCUGUGGAUCGUUGACCAAAAGACCAUUGUUACCUUUUUCCCGAAGCAGGAAGCUACGACAUCUGAGGGUGUGCUUUUCGAACAGUCUAAUUUGCAUAGUAGCAUAUAUAACGAGCUGAACGGUGACCUUGCUCGGAGAUUUGAGACAGCUGGAGAUCUUGCGGCUCUUAUUAUGCUACAUGCCGUCACGGUCCUCCUCGAUAAGACAUUGAAUCAUGAUUUGCAAGUUCUUCGUAUCUUUGAAGAAUCUAUAAGUAUUCUGACUGAAUCCCUAACCAAAUCAUUCAAACGAUUCCGUAACCGCGGCUUCUCAAUUCGCCCAGUCAAUCAAAAUCGCACAGCAAAUGGCAAGACCAUGAACAGUGAACAACGCGAUUAUCGGGAGCACCAGAUAGCCCGGAGAAACCGGGAUGACCUCUCCGUUCUACUUGAGCUCCGUGAUAUCGAAGAUGAGCUGUCCACCAUACUUAGGCUUCUCGAUCAGCAAAACACUGUCGUCGAAGAGAUGAUGAGGUAUUUCGAGGGACCAGGAUGUGGCAAGGUAUUUUUAGACAAGGCUCAAGAAAGUAUCAACAAGUAUCGAACUCAGAUUGGGGAAAUGAAAGAUAAUAGUCACACUGCUCAGAAAGCUGUGGAAACAAUACUUGAUCUGAAGCAGAAACAAGCAAAUGUUGAUGAAGCAAAGAUGGCUCGAUGGCAAGCAGAGGUUACCCAAAACCAAUCACGCUCAGUGAUGGUCUUCACCAUCUUCACCGUAAUCUUCCUCCCCUUAUCAUUCUUCACAUCACUUUUCGGCAUGAACGCCCGAGAAUGGAGCGGCGAACCGCCAAAUCUAUCACUGCGAACGAUAUUCGCGAUAGCAGCCCCUGCCUCCUUCGCUAUAAUCUUCUUCGCCCUCCUGAUAGCCUUCAGUGAAACCCUCCGCGAAGCAGUAACAAAAUCCCACAAGAUCGGAUCAGGAUUCAUGAAAGAGUUCAUAUUCAAGCCCAUUGGAAGAAUUUUACACUGGGAUUCUUUCAAGGAAAGAUUACCUACUUUGGAUGUACCAGAAGACUCGGCCAUGCGCCAGAAGUUAGAUCAUUGGCUCGGCUACUUGGAAAAUGAGACAAAGUUUGAGAAGGAGGAUUUCUGGCAGAGGAGGCAUGGGAAGGGUCUUCUUUUUGAAACUGAGAGGAGAAAUCAAGACAGAAGAGUUCAAGGUGCUGAAGCUGGGAGGUUUUCUGAAGGAAGACCAAGGAGGAGGAGUGUGUCUAACAGGUCUUUUCUCUCUGUUUAG